AUGGCUGCUGGUUUUCUGGUAUUUCGUGGACAAAGAGAUGCGGCCAAUAGUUCAAGAUUGAAGGCAACAAGAAUAGCAUAUACAAUCUUUAUUCUCCAGAUUGCGCGGCUGGAAAAAUACGUUACAAGAAUUUCUUUUGCAGAAUUGCGCAGUGCAAGACUAUGUACAAGGCAGAAUAGCAUCAUUGGAAUUGGAAAGAUGGGAACUAUGUACAAGGCAAGACUCCCAAACGGAUGGUUUCUUGCCAUCAAGGGUCUCUUCAACUCAGAGCAGUUGCAUCAAAAAAUUGCAUCUGAGACCAUAACUCUAGGCAAAUUAAGGCACCGGAGGCUGGUGCCUCUAAUCGGAUUCUGCCCUGAAAAGGAGGACUUGUUUCUAGUAUAUAAGUACAUGUCAAAUGGCAAUCUUUACAACUGGUUACAUGGAAGAAAAGAUGAGGUGGAUAUUAUGGCACAUUGGGCUUUGAGGGUUAAGGUUGCUGCUGGCAUAGCAGAAGGGUUAGCAUGGCUUCAUCACAAAUGUAGUUUAAGGGUGGUCCAUGGGACCAUAAGCUCAAAAGAUAUCCUGCUUGAUAAGAAUUUUGAUCCCAAAAUAACAAAUUUCUGGGAAGCAAAAUUCAUUAAGUUAGAAGAUCAAAGUUCAAAUUGGAGUUUUUUCCAGUCAAGUGAUUCUCUGGAUUUGGGUUCUUUCAAAAAAGAUGUCUACUGUUUUGGGAUUAUGGUUCUAGAGCUUAUAACGCGGAAGCAACCUCAGCAAGUCAAAAGCUUGACUGAAAAUCUCUGUGGUACCUCUGUUUCUCAUAAAUUUUCUACUCUGGCUGAGGUUGAUCAAAGUCUGAUUGGUCAUGGAUUUGAUGAUGAAAUCAUCCAAUUCCUUCAAGUAGCUGAGAACUGUGUGUUGCCUAAUCCAGAUCACAGACCAUCGAUGCUUCAAGUACAUGAAACCCUGGCAGCAUUUGCAGAAAUCUAUAACUACACAGCUGAUUGUGAGAUGUCCUAUUGA